AUGUUAGGAUGGUGGAGGUUGAGUGUUGCCGCCGCCUUGGGCGCCGAGGCGGUGGCAGCAGCAGCAUCGCAUGUGCCUCUGGCCGUGACUCUGGUGAUGUUCCGGAGACAAUCGGUAUGCGGCCCCGGCGAAGGCUCCUGUGAUGCUGGUUCAUGCUGUUCCGAGUCCGGAUAUUGCGGCUCCACCGUCGAGUACUGCGGCGGAUCGCAAUGCCAGCUCGACUACAGCCACACCUGCGACACGCUAGUGCCUCCCGCUGGCGGCGACACGGGAGAUAUCCUGCGCCCUCGCGCCGGUAACGUGCCGUACGGAGGUCCGCUGAUCACCUCGUGCAAAGCGCCCGGCAUGGUGGCCCUGAGCUUCGACGACGGCCCCUACACAUACACAAACGAGCUGCUGGACCAGCUGCAGAGCACUGGCGUCAAGGCGACAUUCUUCGUCACGGGGAAUAACCUCGGGAAAGGACCCAUCGACGACCCUUCCACCGCGUGGCCAGGCAUCCUGCGCCGCAUGUAUCGGGAGGGCCAUCAGAUUGCCAGCCAUUCCUGGACGCAUCGCGACCUCAACCAGAUCAAUGACACGGUUCGUCGCGCCGAGCUCGUGUACAACGAGAUGGCGCUUCGCAACAUAUUCGGCUUUGUGCCCACCUACUUUCGGCCGCCGUUUCUGGAGUGCAACGCCGUAUCUGGAUGCCAGGAUGUGCUCGGCCGUCUGGCGUACCAUUCCAUCUCGGCCAACUUGGACACAAAGGACUACAUGUACGAUGAUGCUGCUCUCAUACAGCGCGCCAAGGACCGUUUCUCCCAGGGCCUCUCGGCAAAUGCCGCCGAGGCUUCGUACAUUGUCCUUGCACACGACUCGCAUGAGCAGACGGUGCGGAAUCUCACAAGCUUCAUGAUAGAAGUCGCCGAGAAGAGGGGCUACAAGCUUGUAACCGUGGGCGAGUGUCUGGGUGACGCUCGAGAAAACUGGUACAGGCCCGCGGCUGGCGGCAACUCGUACAGCAGCAGGAGCUGCCGUGACAGGACACAAACGCAGACGCAGAAGCAGACGCAGACGCCAACAUCCGCUUGGCCCAGGACCACCAGCCGAGUCUCGGUCUCGGUCGAGGGGCGCUGCGGCGGACGGAGGGGACAUACCUGCGCGGGAUCCGUGUUUGGUAGCUGCUGCUCGCAUUUUGGCUACUGGUACGCCUGGUCUAAUCCAAAGCUUACGAUUGAGCAAAGGCGUGAGUGCUUUGUUGUCUAA